AUGGCGCGCGUCACGGACAACGGCGUAAGCUCCGAGGCAUUUGCAAUGCCCAGUGGAGUGAAGCAGGGCUGCGUCCUCGCGCCUACCCUCUUCAGCUUCAUGUUCUCUGCUAUAUUGAUGGACGCAUACCGUGAUGAGCGCCCUGUGAUCCGCAUCACCUACAGGACCGACGUGCACCUUCUCAAUAGCAAGCACAUGAAGGCCCCCACGCGACUAUCUACGACCAUAGUCCACGACAUGCUCUUCGCCAACAACUUCGCACUCAACGCUACGACCAAAGAAGACGAGCAACCACCUCCAUCCCGGCAGCCUUCGCAGAAUACAAAAUCUGAGUUGGAAAGCCAGGACCCCCAACACGGAAGUCCUAGAACGGACAGAAAUCCCCAGCAUUCACGCCCUGUCGAGGCAACUGCAACUACGUUUGCGCAGCCAUCUUGUGAGGACGGAAGAUAA